GGGUGUUUGGACAAAGUAUCUUCUUCAACCUCUAUCCCCUCCCUCCCUACCUAAAUUCACCGAAGAAACAUCCCUACAAGUUCUAUCAAUUUAUGGGAUGAAUGUCCAACUUUCUAGUAUCUAGCGAUCCAUUAAGCUUCCCUCGAUUUCAUUAUUGACAAAUCAUGCUCACGCUUCAGCAAAAUUCUCCUUCCUUGCUUAACUUGGGUAAGUGUAGAGAAGCGGUUGCAAGUCCAAUGGGUUGCAUUUCAGUACCGAUGGGUUUCAUGCUUCAGACACCUGCGAUUGGAGUUGUUUCCAAUUUGAGAAGAAAGAAAGGGAAGGCUUGGGUUUUAGUAUCGAAACGACGUAGUUAUAUUAAAAAUGUGCUUUCAGCUUCCCAGAAAGAGAGUGGAGUGGUUGUGAAAGAAGACACUGAAUUCAAGUCUUCAUUUGAUGAGUAUCUGAAGGCAAUGGAGUCUAUUAGAACUGACAGAGAGAAGAAGAAAGCUGGGGGAGGGAGUGGCCAUGGGAAGAAGCCUACUGAUGUUGCAUUCAGUAAAGAUGUUCCACAGCGUCGGAAACGUGAUGAGACCGUUACAUUGAAGAGGUUUAAAAGGUCAGACUCUAAGGAAGGAGAUAAAUUGCCUGAAAGGUCUCAAGGGGUUGCUGGCAAGAAAGAGUUGGGUGGUAGUUUUCAACCAAGAAACAGUAUAAAGCCGCAGAAAGAGUUGAGUAGUGUAGGAACAAAAACUGGUUCAAGCAAGAAAGUUGAUGUAGACACCACUGCUUCUACAAGGACUAAGUUUGUUAAGAAGAAGAGCAUGCCCAUGAAUGAGAGGAGUGACGAUGAAUGGGAGAUGGAAAGGUUUAUCUUCCAACCGUCUGAGUUACUCAAUGAUGGUCUGAAUGGUCCACGAGUUUCACGGAUGGAAAUGGAGGAAAGAAUACAGAAUCUUGCUCAAUGUUUGAACGAUGCUGAUGUUGACAUGCCAGAGUGGAUGUUUGCUAAGACAAUUCGAAGUGCCAGAAUCAGAUUUUCUGACCAUUCCAUUUCAAGGGUUAUUCAGAUAUUGGGUAAAUUUGGAAACUGGCGAAGGGCGCUGCAAGUCAUUGAAUGGCUUCAAAUGCAAGAGCGCUUCAAGUCCCAUAAUAUCAGAUAUGUCUACACAGCUGCCCUUGAUGUGCUUGGGAAAGCAAGACGACCUGUGGAAGCACUAAAUCUUUUUUGUGCAAUGCAGCGACACAAAACCACUUAUCCAGACAUAGUAAUUUAUCGCUCAAUUUGUGUUACUCUCGGACAAGCUGGUCAUAUGAAGGAACUUUUUGAUGUGAUUGAUAGCAUGAGAUCUAUGCCAAAGAGCUUUAAGAUUCAAGUUCAUGAUGAUUGGGAUCCACGGAUUGAGCCUGACAUUGUUAUUUACAAUGCUGUUCUGAACGGCUGUGUUAAGAGGAAAGAAUGGGAAGGAGCAGUAUGGGUGUUGCAGAAAUUGGAAGAAAUUGGUCAACAGGCAACAAGCACAACCUAUGGACUUGCUAUGGAGGUUAUGUUAGCAAGUGGAAAGUAUGACUUGGUCCAUAAGUAUUUCAAGGAAGUGCAAGGAUUAUCUGUCCCUAAUGCUUUAAUGUAUAGAGUUCUUGUUAAUACUUUUUGGAGAGAAGGUAAACCAGAUGAGGCUAUUGCGGUUGUUCAAGACAUGGAAAGUCGUGGACAAGUAGGUCCAGCCAGUCUUUAUUAUGACCUUGCUCGUUGUCUCUGUAGUGUGGGAAGGUGUGAAGAAGGCCUGAUGCAAGUUGACAAGAUAUGUAAAGUUGCUAGUAAACCUCUGGUGGUGACUUAUACUGGUUUAAUCCAAACUUGUUUAACCAACGGAAAUAUUCAUGAUGCGGCAUCCAUCUUCAACCAUAUGCAGAAAUAUUGUUCCCCAAAUACUGUUACUUGUAACGUCAUGCUGAAAGCGUAUCUUGGGUGUGGAAUGUUUGACGAGGCUGUAGAACUCUUUCGAAAGAUGACACGAAGUAGACAGAAAGGCAGCAAAAUCAAGAGCGAGAUUUCGCCUGAUGUAUAUACAUUCAACACAAUGCUGGAAGCAUGUAUCAAGGAGGAAAGAUGGGAUGAUUUCAAGUGUGCCUAUGAGCAGAUGCUGCAGCAUGGCCAUCCUUUCAAUACCAAGCGACAUCUUUGGAUGGUCCUACAGGCUUCUGGUGCUAGAAAGGUUGAAAUGGUUGAAAUAACAUGGAGACACUUGGAACGAAACAAGCGUGUUCCACCACCAGCACUCAUCAAAGAAAGGUUCAGAGUGAAGUUGGAGAAUGACAACCUAGUCGAAGCAGUUUCAAGCGUUGCUUGCCAUCCAUCCACUAAUCAGCAGUCGUUCUCAAAGGAUGCAUGGUUAAAGUUAUUCAAGGAAAAUGCACAUUGUUUCAAGAAAGAAGUUCUUGAGCAUUUGAUUUCUGAUCUCUCCAAGAGUGAGACGCCAAACCUCAUUUUCCAGAAUUUGCUCGACUCUUGUUUGGAAUUUGUUAACCUUGAUAACUUAGUUGCUGGUUGAACACGAAGAGGGUUUGGCAACUUAGUUGCUGGUUGAACACGAAGAGGGUUAAAAAAAUGUAUCUAACAUGCUCAAAUUUUGUAAAAUCGAAGAAUAGAUUUUGUAGGUAGGCUCAUGGAAUGAUUCGAUGUUAAUUACUCGUUCUUUUACUUGUAUUUAACCAAAAUCUUCCAACUAAUUACAAAUAAAUGUGUUUUGGAGAGCAUCAUCUUUCCAACUAAGGUGUC